GAACGUCAAUGAAAAAUAGUAAAAUUAUCUCCCUGUUUCCGUGAACUUGAUGAUAAUAUUCGUGUUCAGAUUUGCUUAUGGUCAUUUGAGCCUGAAAGGGGUGGAGAGAAUAUAUAUAUAAAAAAAAAAAAAAAAAGGAGGAGUGGAGAGCGGCAAAGCCAGAAGCAACAAACAGGUUGAAGGAGGAAGACGAUAAAAAAAAAAAGCUCCGGGGGUCGGGUAUUUUCUUCUCUAUCUCAUUGCAUUGUUUUCUCUCACUUUUAUAUUUGGGACAGAGAGGACACCAGCUGCCAAGAGUCACUGGGAGUGGACCAGGAAGUGUGACCUUGUUUUACUCCGUGCCCAGAAAAACCUAAGCCAGCUCCUCACCAUGUCUGCUCCUGGUUACCCAGACAGCCAGGCUCCCUACCCCAUGUCUCAUCCCGGCGGCCACUCUGUAGCCCCUUAUCCCGUUCCCCCAGGGGGAUAUGGAGACCCGAGCCAAGCGCCUCCACCAGGCUUCAACAUGGGCUACAAUCCAGGCCAACCUCCAGUCAUGUAUCAGCCAGGUCCAGUGCCGGAGUAUGGUGGCCCUCCAGGAGCCAUCUCCCCGGCUCCAGUCGGGGCUCCAUCUGCGGUUCCUGUCGGAGUCCCGCCAGGGCUCGAGUACCUCACACAGAUUGACCAGAUCCUGAUUCACCAGAAAGUGGAACUCCUAGAAGCAUUCAUCGGGUUUGAGACCAACAACCAGUACGAGAUAAAGAACAGUCUCGGCCAAAAGAUCUACAAGGCCAAAGAGAAAAACGACUGCUGCACCAGGAACUGCUGCGGCUCGCUGCGCAGCUUCGACAUGAAGAUCAAGGACAACAUGGACAGAGAGGUCAUCCGCCUCAUCAGACCUUUCCGCUGUGUCUCCUGCUGGUGUCCCUGCUGCCUGCAAGAGAUGGAGGUCCAGGCACCGCCCGGCACCACCAUAGGCUUCAUCAAACAGGACUGGCAUCCUUUCGUGCCGCGGUUCUCCAUCCAGGGAGCAAACAAGGAAACCGUGAUGAAGCUGGAAGGGCCCUGCUUUGCCUGCAACUGCUGUGGGGACGUCAACUUUGAGCUGAAGGGGAAAGAUAGCGACAAACCCAUCGGUCGCAUCAGCAAGCAGUGGAGUGGUCUUCUGAAAGAAGUCUUCACUGACACGGACAACUUUGGCAUCCAGUUCCCACUGGACAUGGACGUGAAGAUGAAAGCUGUGCUCAUGGGAGCCUGCUUCCUCAUUGAUUUCAUGUUCUUCGAAAAGGUCGGGGAGGCCAACCAGCGCAGCACUGUGUUUUCAUAACAGGAAAAAAAGGAUGGGAAAACAACAGCAUGAGAGGAAAGGACUUUCUCCAGUUAUGCAUACUUUGUUCAUGUACUUAGUUUUUCCAUUUGUUUUUUCAAAUCCUUCCUUCACCAAACUCCAGCCAAUAAGUUGCCAACACUUUGAUCCUUUUAUAUACAAAUACGAACUGAUGUGAACUAACGACCUCUUGAUAGGGUGUCUGCCAAGAAUUUUUAAAAAAUCUAUCCAAACUCAGUGACUGACACUGACUGCCAUAUUGCCAGUACUCCUCACACUCCACACAGUCUGUAGAUAUUUUGUCUAUUUUUAAGCAAGUACUCCAGCUGAGACUUAAUUUCUGCCAAAGAAAAUCAACCCUAUCCCUCUGUCUUUUUCAGUGCCUACAUAAAGAAAUAAGAAUAAAAGUCACCACACAUAUUUGAAUAUGCUUUAUGCUACACUGGCAUUAAGAUUUUGUAUUUAUGCUAUAUGUAUAUUGAUUACUAAUGUACUUGUACUCAAUGAAGAAACUACAAUAGAUUAAGUUUAAGCGCAUGAUUGCUGUGGAUGCGUGUAGAAGCUGUAUUCAUUGCCUUGCUGGAUCUGUUGGUCCCACACUUUGGUCUAACAACCACUAUUGGUUGGAUUCAUUUUGUAUCAUAUAUCAUAUAACAACUUUGGUCAUCCCUUCACUUUUUAUUAAGCGCCACCUUCAGGUCAGAAGUUUAAUUUGUCCAUUACUUGGGUUUAUGACCAAAUACAUGCAAAACCAAUGACACUCAUUAUUCUCAGUUGAACCUUUUGUCAAGUGAUAAUUAGCAAAUGUUAGUAUGCAAGCAAGCUGAACUAGCACUGUUACCACUGUAAAUACUACACCUGCUUAACACCAGCAUGUUAGCAUUGUCACUAUGAGCAUUUUAGCACGCUAAAGCAUUUAACGUAAAGCACUGCUGUGCGUUAGUACAGUAAACUUUUAAUCUCGUUAUACGUGAACACCAUAUAGGAACACAUAUAAUAUAGACUUAUGUAAAAGUGUAGAAUGUAGGAAACUGCAUUAACCACAGUUAACAGGCUGUUGCUGUUUAGCUGAUAGGGAAGUAGUUGUGAUAGUGAGAGGGAAGUUUAACAGCUUGUAGUCAAAGUUGUGAACACAAGCGUGCUGACAGUAUUUACCUAAGUGCUUUAUCUCUACCUCUCAGCUGCCUUUCUCUUCCUCAAAGCCCGCCGUGUCUUCAAGCCUAUUGUACAUAAGACAACCAAACUGCAGCAGAGGCUGCAGGAUUAAUCCUCUCAUGUCUCCUCUGUGCUUUAGUUGCAGCCAUGGAGACUGACGCUGAACCUUGCCCUCCAAUUUCUCUAGAUACCACUGUGUUGAACUAGUGCCAGUGUAAUGAUAGAAGAGAGAGACAAUGUGGGUUAAGGUCAAGUGGGAAGACAUUUCAAGUAAAAGAGGAAUUGAAUUGAAUAAAAAGCAGAAUUUGGGGAUAGUUAAAGUUGAUCCGCCCGGGGAAAACCCAACCAUUAAUGUCUCUGAGGAAUGUGAAUAUGAAGUCGUGAACUCUGUUUUCAGCUCAUUUGCAGGUUGAUGUUUGCAAAUGUUGCUUAUUUCUGUCUAAUGCACCUGUUUUUCUUAAUUUGAUAAUCAUUCUGGUUUUCAUCAUUCUUGAGAAACAACAUGGGUUUGCCCCCGAUGAGGUUUCUUUGCCACUCGUGCUCUUAAAUCCAGACUCUGUUACACUGCCAGUAACUAAAUAUGUGUUAUUUCUGUAGCUGUUCACAUCUGUUUCCUGUUUGUUGCAAAACAAUUUUGUAUCACUUUCCUGUAACUCUGGUGUUGUAUGUUUGUUAAAUACAUUUUUUUUACAGAAACAAAAAAAAAACUAGUUCAAUAGGUAAAACAGAAACAAUAUUAAGCCAUUGUGAGAGUGUUGUGUUGCUUUGCUCUGGUGACUGUCCAGGAAAUUCUGGGGAAGGCCCACAUCUGGUUGUAAUUGGAAAAAAGGAUUGUUGCUUCAGAGGGAAAUACAGUCUCUAAUUCUCAUGCCCAUGAUUAAUCCAAAGACCAGUUUCACCAAAACUCUCUGCAUUAGUUACUGGUAACUUUCUCAACAGACUUUAUUGGAGUCAGUAUCAGCUUCCUUUCAGUCAUACCUGCUCACAUUCAUGUUAACAUAAAGAUCAUAUCCACGCCCUACUCCACAUGCAACAAAAGGAGACAGGCCGAAUGCCUGACUGCUCCAUCUCCUGGAAGCAAGUGAGAAAUACAAGAAUAGUGUUUAGGAGCAUGUCUGCACAUGUCCAUUGUGAGCCCGGUGAAUACUGAAAAUAUGGUUUUAGUUAUUACAAUGGAAGCAUAUGAGGUUGUUUAAAUUAUCCUUCAUUAAAACAUUCAACAUACCAAAAUAACAGUGUAUUAACCUCUAUAUGCCAACGCUUCAACACAAAACUGUCUAAGGACUCAUUUUUCAUUUGCAAAUAUUUUAUACUUUGUGUCAGAUCAGACCAGAUGAUCAAUUUUAUUCAACAAAACAAUUUUUAACAAUAUAAACACAUUCAUUAAGAUACAAAAACUAUUUGCAAAUAACGUCUACAUUGUGCAGGAUAACGUCUCAUUGAAAAUACAAAAACAAUUACAACAAAUAAAAACAAACAUUACAUGACGCAGUUAACUAUUUACAUUCGUCCCACACGUUUCCAUAUUGAGGUGGUGGCUGACUGUUGUACUGGGAAUCUCCAAGUGUCUCAGUUUGUCACUGUGAAGCAGGAUGCUGCUGAAAAAGUCAACCAUCCGUGCAUUAAUAAAAGGUAAAAUCAG